AUGGUCCAUGCGGCAGGCUCGUGCUCCGCCGCGCAUCCGUGGAUCGACCGUGCAAUCGACCGCUUCUUCUCCAAUGCCGAAUCGCGCAGCACCUCGGGCCUCGGGCUGCGAGAGGUGAUCGACGAGCUCCGCGCUCGCAGCUGGUCCAACCACAGGCCGGGAAAGCUGGAGGUGACGCUUAGCUGGAGCAGCGCGGAGAGCCCGUGGAGCGUCUCUGGACGCACUGUCAACAGGCCAAACCAGCCGUACAAGCCCGCGCACAUGCUGACUCUCCUCAAGCGGGCUGUCCGCCGCCACGGGCCGGAGAUUGCUCGCGAACUCGGCAGUCCAGGCGCACUGACCCUCUUCCUUCAGACCGAGGACUACCCGAACCUCCUCCCCAUGCAUGCGGGCGGGCGGGCGACGAUCGCCGCCGCCGCCGCGUGGCACUCGCCGUGGCGCGAGAGGCGGCGCGCGCUCGUCUGGCGCGGCGCGAUGCGCGCCGGCGGCCACGCAGGAGGCCCGCGCGAGAGGGCGAUCCAGAGGCUGCGGCGGGUGGCGCCGCUGCUGGCGGCCAACGGCGUCGAGUUGGACGUGCAGAGCGUGGAUCGGUUCGGCGGCGGCCGGGCGGACAGGAACUUGACCAUCUCUCGCGAGGAGCUGUGCGGCGCCGCCUACCUCCUCCACUUGCGCGGCACCACGUACAGCGCGAGUCUGCGCUACCAGCUGCUGUGCGGCUCUCCAGUCGCGGCGCUGCUCGGGGACGAGACUGGCGAGUGCGCCGAGUGGUUCCACCCGGCGCUCGCGGACGGGCGGCACUUUGUGAAGCUCCCGCCGGACGUGCGCGGACAGGCAGCCGCCCUCCUCAACCUCACCUCGCAGCUGCCGGCGGCUCUCUCGCGCGCUGCUCGGAUCGGCGCCGCGGGGCAGCACUUUGUGCAGGAGGGCCUCUCGGACGACGUCGUCGACUGCUACUGGGCGCGGGCGCUCGUCCGGUACGGACGGCGGGCAGCGAGCCUCUCGCGCGGAGAUACGGAGCCGGAGGCUGUCCGCUCGCUGCCAUCCGAGGAGGCGGAGCCCGAGCGGGUGCGCGAGUGCUGGUGGCCGUGCCACGAGAGGGCUGGCCCGUGCCACUUUUGCGGCUCGAGGCAGGCUUGCUGCCGGGCUGGCUUCGACCAGCAGACGGCCGAUUGCGGCUUCGGGAAGCUCGGCUUCGACGUGUGGCCAAUUUGCAACACGACGUGUGGCCAAUUUGCGGGGAUACACGUCCUGCAGUAUCGCGCUUGUGGGGCCGUUUUGAUUUAA